AAAAUUUGCCACAAAUCUUGUCACAUUCCCGUUAAACUAAAGAUUUACUUACCAUUUUUCGGGGACAGCCAAUAGAAUAAAUCCCUUUUCCCAUUUUUUGUUUGAAGACUGUAAAUCAAGAUCAGAAUCAUCGAAAUGGCAGAUGCAUUGACAGAAGAACAGAUUGCCGAGUUCCGGGAAGCCUUUUGUCUGAUUGACAAAGAUUCUGAUGGUGUAAUCACCAUGGCAGAACUUGCGGCAGUUAUACACUCCUUGAAUGAACAUCCAACAAAGGAAGAAAUUCAAGAAAUGAUAAAUGAAGUCGACAAUGAUGGAGAUGGCACCAUAGAUUUUGAAGAGUUUUUGGGUAUUAUGGCUAGAAAGAUGAAGGACAAUGGAGCAGAGGAACUAAAAGAAGCUUUCAAAGUUUUCGAUAGGGAUCAAGAUGGAUUCAUAUCCGCUAUUGAGUUGAGAAAUGUGAUGAUAAAUUUGGGAGAAAGACUAACUGAUGAAGAGGCUGAACAAAUGAUAAGAGAAGCUGAUCUUGAUGGAGACGGUCUAGUCAGCUAUGAUGAAUUUGUGAGGAUGAUGAUGGCUUCAUCUUCUUGAUUUUAUUCCUUCUUUUGUUAUUUUAUGAAUAUAAUGAAGAAAAUUGUUAAUGUAAUGGCAUAACAAAUACACGGGUGAUGUAAUAAGAUACAAGAAAGGAAAUUCAUGGAACAUGUUACCUCUGUUGCCAAAUAAAUUACCAGCAUUAUUAAAUUAUUC